CGCUCCCUCUUGUGGUGCCCCAAGCAAAAUCCGAGUGGUGCUCUUCAAAGAAUAACUCCCUCGGAGCAGACAGCCGCAGCGACCCCAGCCGCUGGAGUGCAUGCCCUCCUGUGGCACUACCAGCCAGGUCCGAGCAGCGCUCCACAGACACCUGCUUCCCCAGCUUGGCCAGGACAGAUUGCCUCAGCAACAGCAGCUGGCACACUGUCCAAUUUUAGCAUCAGAGCAUACCAUCAGGAGACCACCAGUCUUUCCACUGUACUAUUGAAAAACGAACUGCUAGAAAAAAAACUAAAAUCAGUGAAGCAAAAACUGGCAUUGGUGCAACGCCAAAAGUAUCAGUUGCAACGUGAAAAUAACAAUUUGAAAUCUGGACUUAAGCGCUUUCUCGCUGCAGAUCAAGUCAAGCAUCUAGAAAAGUCCACUAUGAAGGGGACUGCAUGGAGCAAGGACACUCUCGAGAAAGCUCUUAAGAUUCGUCUCUCUUGUGGCCCACGUGGUUUUAACAUGGUACGGGAAUUGGGCCAGCCGCUGCCUGCAGCACGGACACUUCAGCGGCAUCUGCAAGGCUUCAAGUCCAUGCCAGGCUUCAAGCACAAGCUGAUAGAUUCAGUAGCAGUCAAGGCAGUUGUCGAGAAGGAGUCCGGCAAUGCGGCGUACCGCAAGAAGGACUUUGCCGCCGCCAUUUCGCACUAUGACAAAGCCAUUCAGCUGGAUCCUUCCGACAUGUCCUUCAGGACAAACAAAGCAGCGGUGUACUUUGAGCAGAAAGACUACCAGAAGUGCAUCGAGGAGUGCCAGCAGGCAAUUGAGGUCGGGCGUGAGAACCGUGCAGACUUUAAGCUCAUCGCCAAGGCAUAUGCACGAAUGGCAGGAGCUUACGUGAAGCUGGGGGACUACCCCAAUGCACGGACGUUCUACCAGAAGUCUCUGACUGAGCACCGAAUACCCGACACGCUGGCCAAGCUCAGCGAGGUGGAGAGGGUGAUCAAGGAGGAAGAGAGGAAAGCCUACAUCAACCCAGAGAUUUCGCUAGAAGAGAAGAACCUGGGAAAUGCCUGCUUCCAGAAAGGUGAUUACCCGUCUGCGGUGAAGCACUACACGGAGGCGGUGAAGCGCAACCCGGAGGACGCCCGUCUGUACAGCAACCGGGCGGCCUGCUACCAGAAGCUGGCCGAGUUCAACCUGGCCCUCAAGGACUGCGAGGAGUGCAUACGCCUCGACCCCAACUUCCUGAAAGGCUAUGUGCGGAAGGGAAUGGCCUUGAUGGCCCUCAGGGAGCACAGCAGGGCACAAACUGCAUUCCAGAAGGCACUCGAUAUCGACCCCAACAACCAGGACGCGCUGGACGGCUACAAGCGGUGCCUGAUGGCUUCCACGGCUGAUCCGGAGGAAGUGCGGAAGCGCGCAAUGGCUGACCCCGAGGUCCAGAAGAUCCUCGGAGAUCCGGCCAUGAGGAUCAUCUUGGAGCAGAUGCAAAGCGAUCCCAAGGCACUCCAAGAGCACCUUAAGAACCCUGACAUCGCUGCCAAGAUACAGAAGCUGCUGGAGUCCGGGCUCAUAGCCAUCCGUUGAUGGGGCCCAGACUUAACUGCAAAGGAGCCCUUGUUCGUUGGAAGCGUCGCGACAGAGCUCGGAACCGAAAAUCAUUACUAGGACACAUCGCUGCCACUCGUGUCCCAACCUGUCCCUUGUACCCUUUUUUUUUUUUCUUUUGAAGAGCUUGUGUUCUUUGUGAUUCCUCUUCACAACAUGCAUUAAAGUAUUUUUGCUGUCUAGCCA